GGCGAGCGGGUGGCUACGUCGCUCCAGGAAUUGAAAAUGGUUUCGUAGAUUAUGAAACGCGUGUAGCAUAUUUUUUCCUGUGUGACUCUAAAGUGCCCAUUAUGGAUUGGAAAGGAUCUACUGUCGUUUUUCUGGUGCUGGUGGUUGCUGUUUCCGGUAACCCGGCAAAAAUAGAUUCAAAACGAGACCACUGCAACAAGACAGUAGAAAUAUAUGAGGAUGUAUCAUCGCCACCGGUGACACCAGAGAAUUUUGGCAGACCUCUCACAUGUACAUAUAGGUUUAGAGCAUUCCGUGGUUCUCCGAAGGACUGGAUACUUAGGAUACGGUUCAAGAAAUUCAAAGUUGGCACUCUUAUAAACGGGACCACGUGUCAUAAAGGAUAUAUGCAGAUAGUAGAUGGCAACGCGAAGACGGACGUGUCCAACAGGAAGGAGCCUGGUCUAUUUUGUGGCGAGAUCGAACAGCCUCAGACCUUCAUCUCGGAGACUAACUUCGUGAAGAUCGUGUUCCACGCUGACAACUUCACGGAUCAGACAUACUUCAGCUUUGAUUCAAGAGCGGAGCAGCAGUUCGAAGUGUAUCUGCGUUACGGUCAGCAUCCAGAACUGUAUCCUAACAGACGCGGAGAAGUUGUGGCUGGGUCGUACUGCGAGCGGGUCUUCAGGGAUUGUAGACUCCAGACCUGCUACGUCCAGUCAGCAGCUUAUCCCGGCGUGUAUCCUAGGAAUUUACACUGCAGAUAUCACCUGAACACGCGUCUGCCGUACAUCAAGUUGUACAUAGAGAACGAAGAAUUCAACAUAGAUGGACAACGAUGCGAGAACAUUAUGACCUGCCCCAUGCGACCUAUCACUUCAGGCUCAGAAAACUGUCCCUACGACUACAUCAGGAUAUACGACGGCAAGGACGAGUCGGCCUCCGUGAUCGGAACCUUCUGUGGCAUGGGGAAGUUCCCUUACUCCAUCAUCGGUACUUCGCAGGACUUGUUCGUGGAAUUCAUCAGCUCACCAGCGGGUCCACUACUGAACACGGGGUUCCAUUUCAACGUGGGCAACUGGCCAGGCCACGUCGAAGCACCGGGCUCCAAGAUCGGAAACUGUGACUGGUUGCUAACCGCUGAAUCCUUGAAAAAGUCAGGAGACACCGAGGGCAUAUUCCUCUCCGUCGCUCAUUGGUAUCCCCCGCAUACCUCCUGCACUUAUCUGAUGCAGGGCUUCCCAGGACAAGUCGUUAGGCUGUAUUUUCCGAGCUUCCGCAUAAAUCGCAUCGAAUCACCCAUCGUACCCUGGACGGGGGAUUGUGGGGAAUCCCUCACACUAUACGACGCGCCCAGACCUGAUGACGCGAAGAUCAUCAAGACAUUCUGCGACACCUUCAGCAGGCCGAUGGAGAAGCACGACUUCGUGUCCACGGGGAAUGCCAUGUUCGUGAGAUUUGAGAGCAAGACUGGAAGCUAUAGUGGCUCAUCACUUUACUACUGGGCGCAUUACGACUUUUUCAACAACACCAGAUUCGGAGAGCCAGUCCCCAACACAGCUUGUGAUGAAGUCAUAGCAUCCUGGAAGCAGCGAGCUGGUAGACUGAGAUCUCCUCUCAACACCCUGGUCUAUAAGCAAGCGCCACCGGGUGAAGAUGUCCAUUGCUUGUAUAGAUUUGUCACGGAUAAACGGAUUUUCGCGAGGGUUAUUUUGACCAUUUUGAGCGUUAAUUUCAAGGAACAUCCGUACACACCAGUGACCUGCCAAAACUGCUAUGAAGAUCGAGCUGAUAAAUUAAUCAUCUGGGAACCAUUCCCCCCUGGUAAAACUUUGAACACAACUCUGGGAUUCACCACCACACCUUUGCCUCUUCAUUUAGCAGUGCAAAGGUCUCUUGGAUCCUGCCUUUGUGCUAAACACGCUAAUUCUGUAACCCGAGCGAGACCUUACAGAGUAGUGUCUUCAGGAGAAACUUUGAACUUACAACUGAUAGUAGACAAUGCUCAUGCUGCAGCGUCAUACUUCAAGAAUCCAUCACCACUUUUUGAAGCGCGAUACGAAUUUGUACACGGCCCUCUGUGUGGACCACCAGUUCUAGCGGCGGCAUUAGAUGGAGAAAUCGUAUACCCCCAUUUAGAAGCAUUAGGUUAUACCGAACCUCCUAAAAGGAUACAGUGCAUUUGGGAUCUAGAAAUAGAAGAGAAGAGAGAUAUUUGGCUACAUUUUGACAGCAUUAAAUUUGCAUCACGUCAUUGUGACGAUGGAAACAUCCAAAUUUACCUUCCUGGACGUAUUGAGCCUUAUUUAUCAGUCUGUGGAGAAAACGUUUCCUUAGCUCGAGAGUUACCAAUCUUAUCAGCUGGAGAAUUAGGAUUCGAGUCUUUAGAUGACCCACUGGUAAUGGAAAAGGAAAAGACAAGAUCUAUUAGAAUCGUAUUUAUUGGCAGUGCGUCCCCCGCGCGUGCUACUUUCAAAAUAGCUUGGACAGGCCUUUACCAUUUACCCAAAAAUUCUGAUGGGACAUUAAUGACGUCACGAUUGACUGAAGGCGGUUCUAUAGUUUCGAAUCCCGGUCAUGGAUGCGACUUCAUUUGUCCUGGAGAAGAAGCCCUUUGUAUUCCAGCAAGACUUAUAUGUAAUGGUGUCAUCAACUGUCCGAAUAUGACAUCUAGUGAACGGAAGUUCUGGACAGCGGAAGAAAAGCGUGCAAGAGAAGCUUAUUCGGAGGACAGCUUGCGUCGACUUGGUUAUUUGGAUUUGUUGAGUGGAAUGCCAUUUGGUCAGCUACAUGAUGAGGCACCAGAAUUGUGUGCUGGAGCAAGAAGUGCAAGGGGUAGUGAUUGGUUAGCGCCAACAUUGGGGGCUGUGUUAGCUAUCGCUAUUGGUGUUUGUGCUUUAGGAGCUGCGUGGCGUCUCUGUUGCCGCAAGCGAUCUCCUGACGAGGAAUCCUUGGACUACUGACAUGCGGCCCGCGGUGCUCCACACGCGCCGCCUACGCUACACUCUAGAUCGUCUUCAAGGGAUCUUCACUUAGAUUGGAGUCUGCAUUGACAGACGCUUUAUUGAGCGCCAGAGCCCUCAUUUGUUGAAUUCUAACGGACUUAUGAUCAUAAAAACGAAUCUUUAAGAAAAAUGCACGAACGUAUUGGUAUUUUGUAAGAUGAUUUUUAUUGACUUGACUUUUAUACUUUGUUAUUAGCAAUAACUACAAUAUUCUUACUCUUAUCAGAAUCUAAAUUGUUAACUAGCAUUGCAUUAUGCAAUAUAUCGUUGUAAUAAGAUAGCUGAAUAUGUGAAUCAUUUAGAGUUCCUUUUACACGCUUUGCACUCUUAACCACUUCAAAAUCCUUAUUCAUAUCUUUCUGUGCAUUAUUUUCUUGUUCCAAUUUUGUGAGGGUUUAAUCUAAGGCGCUCAAUCUUGUUGUUUUGUAAUUAGUGUAUAUAGGUACUCUUACAUAGUUACCCCUACAUUUAAUGGAUGCUUCAAAUGAAUGAUCAUAGGUUAGUUACAAGGUGAUAGUAGUCGUAGAGUUUAAGUAUUUAUCAGAAUGGACAUUGGAUAAAGAUGAUAGUUGUAAUGAUUUUCGUGUUCACGAUACAUCAUCCAACACAUGUUCCACUUAACAUCGAUUCCCAAAUAGCAUACAAGAUGAAACUAUUGUUACAAAAGAUAGGUAUUUAAAAUAUGCACUUCAUCAAUCAAUGAAUACGAAAAUAAUUUUGCAAUAUUUGACAAAAGUAUCCAAAAUUAAAUCAUGAAUAAAAUCUAUAUGUUGACGAAGAUAUAAUGGGAUUUCAUUCCGAAAAACUACCGCGUCUAAAGAAGUUUUAAAAGAAAAUUCUUUCAGAUGAAAAGU